CACCCAGGGAAAUAGACGCGAUUGAUAUCGCCGAAUGACGUCAUCACUAUUAGGUCAAUUAUUACAGACCUCUGUUUUACGAUACAGGAAGCUUGUUUUAUUCAAGCAGCGCGAGAGACUGAGUUGCAGAGCAGAGCUAAAUAAACAUCGUAAUCUGGGCGAGUACUGAUUUUAGAGAUCGUCAGGUUGCAUAUUAAUAAUCAUCAUAAUCAUGAGCAAGACUAUAAAAGAAGUAUUUCAAGAAUACGCCUGCUUUGGGCGCCCAGGAAAGACUUCCGACAUAACAAGCAAGAACUUCGCCAAGAUGAUAAAGGAGAAAGGACUAAUGGAUAAGAAGUUGAACAGUACAGAAAUUGAUAUGAUUUUCACAAAAGCAAAGGCUGGACCAGGUAAUAAAGUGUUGACAUUUGCACAGUUCGAGAAUGCCUUGUCUAUGGUGGCCAAGUCAAAAUAUGGAAAUGAGGCCGAAGUGGAGAAAGUCAAAAGUAAAAUUUUAGAAGGCAGUGGACCAAGCACAGCUGGAACGACGGGGGUUUCAAAGACGGGUGGUGUUACUAAAUUGACGGAUUCCAGUCAUUACACAGGUAGUCAUAAAGAGCGAUUCGGCAAAGAUGGCAAAGGAAAAGGCAUCGAGGGCCGCAAAGAUGUUCACGCCGACGACGGCUAUGUGCAAGGCUUCAAAAAGUGAGCACGUGACCAAAGUAGAGCAGACGAUGGACAGUUGAAUAGCAAUACAGUAGAAGUGAUCGACGUAGGCUGCAUGUGGAUAAUUUUUAUAUAGACAUGUAUCGUUAUGUUUGCUGUGUGUGAUUUAAAUUAGUGCCAAUUAAAAUCUGUAAUAAA